AGUAAGGAAUAAAAAUACGAACCCGUUCCGGGUUCUCACUAAUCACUACUUCGAGUCUACGACUCGUCGACACGUCGAGAAAGCAGUGGCCAAUCUAUUGUUCGUCGCUGUAUUUGAUCGACGUUUCGCCGAUCAGCAUAUACCCAACUUUGAGCAGAGAUAUAGAGUUACUGUAUUAUCUAUAGCAGCGAGAAUUCAAUGUCGGUUUUGAAUCGGAUUUCGAGGACCGCCCGAGCUUGGCGAAUACUUGCGUCAUUCAAACUCAAGGAAUCUUCGAGCGCAUCCCAGAGUUUCUAUCUGAGACACUUUGGGCACCAACCAGAGCAUUUUAAACCAGGAUCGCUGUCUAAUGGACGUGAACCUUGCUUUCUCUAUCCAGCUAUCGUUGCCGGUAUGGUUGGAGUUGGGGCAAUGGAAAUAGCAUAUGCAGAAGCUGAAGAGCUAUCUGCAGUCUACUUCCACUCCACCGCCACCAAGGGACCUCUCUACCCAUGCUGAUAUGGAGGACAUUGCUAAGAAAGAAAGACUGAGAAUAACUGAACAGUUAAAAAGAAACAAAGGAACGAAGUAUGGUGCAUGUCCGCGAUUUACUGUUGGAGUGAAGGGGCAAAAGGUCAGUAUCAAGUUUCAAGUUCCGCCCAGUUGUGAAGUUUCACAUCUUAUUGCAAAUCUUGUAUCAAAUCUUGGACUAAAAGUUGAAGAAACUGCUGGUGGUUCAGAUAUGUUAUUGCGUGCAUGGGACAGUCCAGUUGCUUGGCAACUAACUCUUAGCCGACCAAAAAGUCAGAAAGAAGCUGGAGAAAACAAGGGAAACUCAAUAGAAAUGGACGCUGACGAUGGAGAUCUAACUGUCCUAAUAUUUCAUUCACUCAUUACCUCAGAUAAAACUGAAAUUGAAUUCAUAAAGCAGGGAAGCUUGAGCACCAAAGAGCUUGAUUCUUUGGUUUCUGUUUUACAAUUAGCCGGUGGAAGGUUGGGAGAAAGUAGAUCGUUUGAGAGAAAAUCGAAGGAAGAGUCUACACAAAUGCCAUCUUCUGAAAAAUCUAUAUCUAGUCUUGAAGCAAUGGGUGUGAAAGUUUAUGGACUUGACGGGCCUCAUUUAAAUUCCACUAAAAAUGAGAUAUCCUGGGAUAAUAUUGCUGGUUAUGAUCAACAAAAACGUGAAAUAGAAGACUCCAUACUGAUGACUCUACAUAAUCCAGAAUUAUUUGAUGAUAUAGCUCAUGGGACUCGGCGCAAAUUUGAAUCAAAUAAACCUCGGGCUGUUCUCUUUGAAGGGCCUCCAGGUACAGGCAAAACAUCUUCUGCUCGUGUAAUUGCAAAUCAAGCUGGCGUCCCGUUGGUGUAUGUACCACUUGAGGUUAUCAUGUCAAAGUACUAUGGCGAAAGUGAACGUCUCUUGGGAAAAGUGUUUUCACUUGCUAAUGACCUUAGUACUGGUGCUAUCAUUUUCCUAGACGAGGUUGAUUCAUUUGCAAUUUCUCGUGACAGUGAAAUACAUGAAGCCACUCGAAGAGUAUUAUCAGUAUUAUUGCGUCAGAUCGAUGGGUUCGAGCAGGACAGGAAAGUGAUUGUGAUUGCUGCGACUAAUAGAAAGCAAGACCUUGAUCCUGCUUUAAUCAGUCGGUUUGACAUGAUGAUCACAUUUGGGUUACCUGAUGAGCGCAACCGCGAGGAAAUAGCGGCUCAGUAUGCAAAGCAGCUAACACAACCCGAAUUAAAGGAGUUUGCAAGAAACACAGAAGGAAUGUCUGGAAGGGACAUAAGGGAUAUUUGUCAGCAAGCGGAGCGAUCGUGGGCAUCAAAGAUAAUUCGAGGGAAAGUAUCAAAAACUGGAGAACAUGGAAUACUUCCACCCCUUGAAGAAUAUAUCGAGUGUGCCAUGAACAGGCGCAAAGCUUUGCAAACUAUUGAUGACCAUGAAAUCAAGGACCCCAACCGCACGAAGAAAACUCAAUUAGCUUGAUCGAUUAUCUUAAUCGACUCAGCUAGCUACUUUAGCUCGAAAUGAUCUUGCUUUUUUCUGCUAGGCCUUUUAUAUGGUAAUGAAGUAGUCAUAACUAUAGGAUUUAGAUAGAAAUGCUAAAUUAUUCAACAAUUCGAUCCUUUUUUUUAUCGAUACAGUUACACUUAUCCCAUCCAUAAUACUCCUACGAUUCCCGUUUAGAUCAAAGGAUAGCAGCUUCAAAAGGUGAACAUGUUGAGUUGAAGUAGACUAAGUAGCAGAGCCCCGUUCCUAUAUCAAUAAAAUACAUAAAGAUCACUUAACAGUUUCUAACUAUUUUGUUGCUGUCUUGCUGAUUAGUAAACGAAGGCUGUAGUUUCUAGUCUACCUUUCUAAGAAGACUGAAGAGGAUGGAUCUUCUUCCUUAACUCGCUUCCUCUUCCGGUUGUUAGGACUCUCCCUGGCUGAUAGAAACGAGGCGAUCUGCAGCUGACACUGGAGCAGCAUGCGAGUCAUCUCGGCCUCCGAUUCCAGCCUCCUCUUCUCCUCUUCAAGGCGCAUGACCUCCGUCGCCUUGAAAAUCUCCAUUUCCGCCGUCAGCAGCGACUUUGUCAAGAUUUGCAGGCUCUCUGCCAAACCGGACAGCCGUGUUUCCUCGCCGGAACUUCCCGAAUCCUCACUUGUGGAGAUAUGGGAACCUUCAUCCUCAGAAUGUGGAGUAUCGGAAUUCCCAAUCGGAAGGUCGCCGGUUGAGAACCCUGCUCCAUCACUUCCAUAUUUUUGACGUUUCUGGUCGUCCCUGCACUUGAUCGGUUUGGUACCACCUGUCUGCUCUUCCAUUCUCGGCUUUUUCCAGAACCACCAGCUUUCGGCUAGAAAGGAUGGUAUUGAAAAGCUAAAAGUGAAGGUGCCAAACCAACAAACCAGUUGUACUUGGAUAAGAUUCCUAUAUUUUCCCACUACUUCUAGUGAUCAAAAUGGAGAGCCUACUAUUUGCGCACCUAAUUUAUAGUUAUGAACAGUCUCUUCCCAACUUUU